UUGUCUUUUAUCCCCAGCUUUCUUCUGAGUACAGAUCAAAUUUCUCUUAUCCAAUCAAGUACGGCGCACCUUGCAUAGCCUUCACAGAGUAUCACUAUCAACAGCCUUGCCAGAAACCAUUUUACACGAGCGAAGAUUGAGCCUGCGAAACAAUGGGAGGGGAGAAUGGUCAAUACGUUGACGGAAGUCUGUGGUAUUACGCUCCCAGCAAAGCAGGGCCUGUAGUCUGGGCAUUCUUUUUUCUAGUAUCUGGCAUUCUGCACACCUGGCAAUGCGUACAUUACAAAUGCUGGCGAGUCAGCGGACUCUUUCCGUGGGCUGCCCUCAUCUUUGUAGUUGGAUAUAUUCUCAGAGAAGUCGGGGCUUUCAAUUACUCUAACAUCGACAUCUACAUCUCGAGCCAGGUCUUCAUCUAUUGUGCACCGCCCGUGUACGAACUCCAAAACUACUUCAUACUCUCUCGCAUCUUGUACUACGUUCCCUACCACUCACCCAUACACCCCGGACGAAUCCUCACUACCUUCGGUGGGCUCUCGGCCGUGGUCGAAGCUCUCAAUGGAAAUGGUGCCGCCUACGUGGCCAACACUAGCCUACCACAAUCGAAACAAAACAUAGGAAAGUCGCUACUCAAAGCUGCUCUAUGCCUUCAACUCGGAGUUUUAGCUUGUUUUGUCUUACUGGCUGCAUACUUUCAUCUCAAAUGCAAGAGGGCCGGUCAACUUCCACUCAACUUGAACGCCGUACUGAUCACACUAUACUGCUCCUCGGCCCUGAUUGGCGCUCGAACAAUCUAUCGCACUUACGAGUACUUCUCCAUCGCCAGUCUGAACUUCAAGGGGAACAUCGAUCCGGGGUCGCUAUCGCCUGUCAUUCGAUAUGAGUGGUUCUUCAUCGUGUUCGAAGCCACACUCAUGAUUAUCAACUCUUUCUUGAUGAACUUCCACCAUCCGAUGCGCUUCUUGCCGAGAGACAAUAAGAUAUAUCUCGCUGAAGGUGGAGUCACGGAGAUCAAGGGUCCUGGAUAUCAAGAUAACAGAAACUUCAUUGUUACGAUGUUCGAUCCGUUUGAUCUUGUGGGUAUGCUUCGAGGACGGAACAUGAAUCAGAAGUUCUGGGAAACGCAUGACGAAGGUAGGAGAGACGACGUUGCGACCGAGGUAGAGAAAGGACAUGGUGUGGGUAACGGCGUCGUUGGAUCUACCUCUACCUCGAGGUAAACAAGACCAGGUAACUUGCAGGCAUGCGCAGCUUGUGCACAGAGAGAAUUGCUGGGAGCAGGUUGG